AAAUUGGAAUCACGGUGAAGGAUCAUAGAGGAACGAGUACCAAUACACAAAUUAGAUUAUCAUACAGCGUCAGCCGUCAGCCCCGGGAGGCGAUACUCCGUGAAGCAGAGACAGGCAGCCAAUCAGCGCUGAGUGUGAUCACGUGAUAGGCCCGUGACCGUCUUCAUCAAACCUCGCCUGCCCCUAGGCCGUCGCAAGUCACUCAAGCCGCCACGGGUGACGAGCGGGAAGUGUCAAGUUGUAAUUGAUAUUUGUGUUGCGUUAUUGGUGACGAAGGGCGGAGGCGGCGCGACGAUGCAGGCGGUGGUGAGUUCCAGGUGAGAAAUCAACCUCCUCGUCCGUAAGGUUGGCGCUGGACUGGAACGCAGGCAGGAAAAACAACACACACCGAGGGAGAGCUAAGGUAAAAAAAGAUGGAGGAAAAAAGGAAGAAGAGGAGGAGGAGGAAGAAGAGGAGGAGGAGGUAGUGGAAGAAAACUAGAAGAGAACAUUAUAAAGGAGUAACGAGAGAACAUUUUAUUUUAACAGGUGGUGAGUCGUUGGAUCGUGAGGCGAUUGAUAAUUAGACGCUACCUCGCCAACACUCCAGCAAUAAUUAAGUGUGACGGGUCAACGCAAAGGCAAGUGAGGAAGGCACAUCAUGAGCAAUGCUGGAUCCUGGGGCUUGUGCCAGUGUAAUCAGUGCCUUGGGUACGAAACGAACAACGCCAGACGCACUUUUUAGGCAUUAAAGGCAAGAUUGAACUCCCGGUGAAGUCUGGUGAAAGACCCGAGGAGGGGAAUGGUGGUGGGCGACGAGGACGAGGUGAGGCCAGUCCCAAAGAAAGGCGUCGUGUUGUGGUGAUCUCGUCUCCUCGUGCAGCAGGACACACUAUGUGGAACAUCACCAAUGACACAGACUGGGAGGCAGCGGUGGGUGUGGGCGAAAAGGCUGUGCUGGCGUGCGUGGGCGUAAUGAUGGGCGUGGUGGGCGGGACGGGAAACUGGUUAGUGGUAAUCCUGGUCGCUCGCUCCCCAACCAUGCGCCCGCCUGUCAAUCUCCUGCUGGCCUCCGUCGCCGUCUGUGACGCCCUGUCCUGCUGCCUCCUCAUGCCACUCGAACUGGCGUCGCUGUUCAGCCAGGGUCAAAUACUUCCCACGCCCCUGUGUCACGCCCACGCAUUCCUGUGGUGCGUUGUGGAGGUGGAGGGCGUGACGGUACUGGCGGCAGUGUGUGUGGACCGAUACCUGCUACUGGUUCGGCGCUGUGCCCCUCUUGGCUCGCCCGCUGCCUGCAGGGUGCUGGUUGGCACCUGGGCAGCCAGUGUGGCCUUGGCGCUUGUGCCGCACCUUGGGGUGGGUGGCCGAGUGGCCCCACCUCUGCCCGGCGGCCUCACUCGCUGUGUUUGGGUGCCCGUCACCCAUCCCACUACCGCCCACUUGACGUACAUCGCCGCGCGCUGCUUAGCGGUUUUGGUGAUCCCCGCCCUGCUGGUGGGCUUUUGUCUGGCCUCCAUCCUGGCCAGGAGCCGCAGCAACAUGACCAAGGUGUGUGGAGGAGGUAAGGGUGCCCGGGAUAACUACACUGGCGUGGUGGACAUGGUGAACGAGUGUGGGCGACGCAGGGGAAGCUGGAUGCCGCUGGGGGAAGACCUCCAUCACAGGACUCGCACAGUCAUCUCCCUGGGAACGCUGUGCCUGCUGGCCCUGCUGGGUCGCGCCCCCCUGCUGCUGAGUCACCUGGGUCUCGUCAUGGGGAACGGACAGGGAUGGGCGUGGUUUCCAUGGGUGGCCUGGUGGGCGUACUUCCCUGCAACCGUCAGUCCUCUUGUGUACACCUUCAGGAUCAACAACUUGCGUGCUGAGGUGCAGGAGCUGUGCCCGUGGCUGCUGCUGCUGGCGAGGAGACAGCGGCGUGGCCUGUGUCCCAGCACGCGGCAAACUGCGUACUUAGUGACCCCGCCGAUGCCGUCAGUGUCCACGCCCGCCCCACCCAGCCUGCAGGUGCACCUUGGUGGCUCGCAGCAUCCUCGCGGCCCUCUGACUCAGUCUUCUGGCCCAGAGGGAAAACGCUACACCUUUAAGGUUCCUCCGACAAUCCCUCACCGCCCCGCCCUGCGGAUGUGGUCCUCCUGCAGGGUCGGGUGUGCGCGGCCACAGCCCUCCUCGCGCCCUCACCAGCACGCCUCCUUAUGAAAAUCAGUUCCGUCCCCUCCUGAAUAACCCUAACUUGACUAACCCUCGGCGACGUCCUGGAGAAUCCGCCGCCACGCCUAGAGCACACAGGAGGGAGACGCGGCUUGUUAUUAUUGCCCUCGAGAACUUAAAUUUACGUCUCGUCUGAAGCCCAACGUACCUACAUGACCGUGAGGCUUACAAUAAGAAAACAACAGGUAGAACUAAAAACCGUACAUUGUGGUGGGCGAGAGAAAAGUGGGAGAGAAAAAGAGUGAUGCGUUGUAAAGGGGAACUGGUGGAAAUCAUAUAUAAAAGUGAGGACUCGAAGCUCCCCAUCUGACUCAUCGGCCGCCACGUCACGCCCACCUGUCAGCACAGCACGGGGCGGCGCCGGGCAGGGGGAGGAAAAAGUAAUAUCAGCAAUAUCUGGCUCCUCCCGCACGCCAGGGGACUAUUGAGUUUCCAUUACGUAGGAUGAAAUGUAAUAUAUAUACUUUUCCUUUUUUUCUUUCCGGAGUAGUGAAUUGUGAAAGUAGGAGAAGGAAUAAGAGGAAGGAGUGCGAAGGAGGGUUAUAAAAAGGGGAAUGAGGUGUGUGUGUGUGUGUGUGUGUGUGUGUGUGUGUGUGUACUGUGCAGUAUCCAGCGUAGUACUGCACUAAAUGGCCAAUAAAGUUUGAAAAUUGUAUCGGGAAAUAAAUAUAAAGAUUUUUAACAUCACAUAAUGGCUAACUGUUAUGCAGACUAUAAUUUCUCUUUGAUUGCACAAUACAUGAUAAAGUAAAAGUAGAAAUAGAAAUGAGGCCAAUUUAUUCGAGUUUCCGUUUUAAAGCUGUUUUCUGUUAUGCUUCUUGCACGUUUUCUUUGAUCAUACGCACCACUAAGAAAUUUCAGUAAGAAGAAAAAUUUACAUAUUU